CCGGGAUUUUGCGGCUGCUGCGGUCCCCUGCGGCUUAUUUUAAAAACAGAGAAGGCCAGCGGACUGCCGGCAGCGCGCCGGCUGCACAGCGCAGUGACCGGUGUACGUAACGGUGCUCUGUACAGAUUAGCCCCUGAGGCCACCAAGUGACUCGAGCGCCCACGCCGCGCGACCAUGGCUGAGGUAAAACCGCCCAGACCGCGCAACGUCCUGGUCGCCGAGUUCCCCGGCCUCUCGAAGGACGACGCGAGCCAGGCACUACGGGACGCCGGCGGCGACCUCAAUAAAGCAAGGAAGCUCAUAAAAAAGCGCCGCGGCGGCGACGUGUCCGAUUCCGACGACGACGUUGUUAUUGGAGACACGAUCGCGUCCGACGCGGCCCUCGCGCGGCAGCUCCAGGCUGAGUUAAACGGCGAGGGCCGCCCGGCGCCGAAGCGCGGGCGCGACCCCUUCGCCCAGGACCUGACGGCGGACUCCGACGACGAGCCGGCCGCGAAGAAGGCCAAGGCGCCCCCGUGGCAAGGGAAGCGCGGCACGGCGCGGAUGUUCGCUGAAAUGAGCGCUCUACGGAAGUGGAAGGGCUCGCCGCGCGUCUUUGAUAUCGAGAUGGUUCAAGAUAGAGCGGACAAGUGGCGCUUUUCCGUAAAUGGUUUUGAUAAUGACUGUUCGGCGGGGCGGAAUUUAAAUUCGGAUUUGCGGAAAUUGCGGGGCCAGUCCUGCAUCAAGAUGGAGAUCACGUUCCCGUCCGACUACCCGACGCGGCCCUUCUUUCUGAGAUGCGUCUCGCCGCGCUUCUGCUGGUACACGGGCCACGUGACGGCCGGCGGCGCGAUCUGCAUCGAGGCGUUAACCACAGAAGGGACGCCGGGCUCCUGGCAGCCGGACAUCUGCGUCGAAUCGGUGCUCAAUACGGUGUUCAUCUGUGUGGAAAUCAACCAAUGUCGCGUCGAUGGCGUGGAGGUCGACGCGGCGAUUCAGGUCGAACGCGCCGUAAAUUCGAUUUCCACACAGGUGUUCAUGAACUUUCUGGACACGACGUCCGAGAUCAUCCGCACGGCGUAGCGUGCGGUGUCCCGAAACGACGCCGAGGCGUCACAUCGAUGGCGUCGGUGCCACCGUUUCACUCACCACUCGAUAUCACACAGGACGGGACCGGGCGGGCGCUCGGGGCCCCUGCGCGUCGACCUGCGGGGCCAGUUCCACCCCUCGCCGCUCCAGGAGUACACCGAGCACGAGGCGCGGUCCGCGUUCAGCCGGAUGCUGUCCCACCACCGGGCGAACGGCUGGUGAGUAAGUGUACA